UUGGGUGAAUCAACGAAUAUUCGACGAAAUUGUAACAAUGAUGGCAGAAGAUUGGAAUGAUUGCACUAAAGGUGAUAUUGAAAUGCACGAGACAGUAAACAAGGCGAAGAUGUCGAAUCGUAUCACCAACGCAAUCAUAACGCUUCAUACAGUUGGCCCGAUCAUAUAUAGCUUGAGCAUUAUUCUACGAGUAGCUAGCGUUGACAUCACCGAUCAUACGGUUGAAUUACCCCACAUUUACAAAAUGGAAAUUCCUUUCAACAUAAAUACGCAAUCCACGUAUAAAAUAGUGUUAAUCGUGGAAUUGAUACAUCUCGUCAUGUGUAGUUGGGCUUUGGGUAUAUUAAACGCUCUACUGCUAAUCUUGAUUUUACACGCAGGUGGUCAAUUAAAUAUUCUGCAUUAUUGGUUAGCAAAGUUAAUAUUGAAAGAGAAUAAACGUAAAUCUAUCGCCAUUAUAAUAAAAAAAAUUAUUCGGAAACAUCAGAAAAUUAUUUACUUUGCAAAAAAUGUUGAGAAUUUGUACACAUUUAUUGCGUUUAUGCAAUUUGUAUCAAACAUCAUAAUGAUUUGCAUAAUAGGAUUUUUAAUCGUAAUAGCACUCGGUAAUUCUAACGCUACGGAAAAGAUAGUAAGAAUGAUUCCGUAUUAUAGCGUAACGAAUCUUGAAGCGUUUAUGUUCUGCUAUGCUGGGGAAUAUCUGAUUAACAAGAGCAAAGCAAUAGGAUUAGUUGCGUACAAUAUCGCCUGGUACGAAUUGGAGCCAAAAUAUAGUCGUAGUCUGUUAUUCGUAAUGUUAAGAGCGCAGAAACAUUUGACGCUUACAGUUGGAAAAAUAACAAAUCUCUCGUUACAAUGCUUCGCAGGCAUAAUGAAUUCUGCAGGCUCAUAUUUAUCAGUGUUAUUGGCAAUGCAAUAAAUGCCAUAUUCAUCUCAGAAAUUUUUAACAUGCUUAUAUGUGUGUGUAUAUAUAUAUCCAAUAAAUCGUUAGAAAUAUAGAUGCGCACAUAUGCUCCAAGAAAGUAUA